AUGCACCUGGGCAUACUUCAUCUGACCCAACUCGUCAGUGUCCCCGCCGACGUCUCUUCUGACGACACCUCAACUGCAUUCAUUUGGCGAGCUGCUACACAUGUCCGUCUCCCGCGCCUCGAUCCGUCGAUCCGAUCAACGAUAGCCAGUGCCGUGGAUACCAAUACAAAUAAGCGCGUACUGCACCUCUUUCCUCCAUUCAACGCUCGAGGAACCACUUGGGAACAAUUCGUUACAGCGCGCUCGGCUGUAGAUCCUAAAACGUCACGUUUGGAAUUCUCUGCCCGUGCCAUCGCCAUGUAUCUCAACCGCACGCCGAAUAAGGCUACUUUCUCUGUCACUGCUAAAUGUCAUACUUCGUUCCUGGGCGAAGCUGAAGAAAAUGGGCUUGAAUUUAAACUGGGAUUGGGUACACCACAGGCAGUUCGACGACUGCAGUUCCAGACCCUCGAGGGAUUGGCUUUUCUGAUGCGUAGAACGCUUCAGGAUGGGAUUGAAGCUGCAAUCUGUCUUAGAGAUGAAGAUAUGGGAAGCAUGAGGGUAGACGCCGAGUUUGCCAAGUAUGCGAUGUACAUUGGGUGA